AUGGUAAAAAUAUUAUACAAAAUAGACCCAGAACACAGGGAUGUGGCAAAGUUCAAGUCGUCCGCAGCAUACAAGACCAUUCAACACUAUCUCUCUGAAAUUGACCUGAAAAUACAAAAUGGAGAGAUACUUGGGGAUACAGAAAGAUAUUACGAUAUAUCGGAAACACGCACAGUCAAGGAAAUAGAGGAAAAGAUAGAAAGAGAAAGAAAAGAAGGUAAGAGUGACCUACAAAAAGAGGACAUCUUGACUCCGUGCAAUUUAUUUUUGAUGCAAAUAGAAGAGAUAAUCAGAGAAGUUCCACUAGAGGAGGGCAGCCAGAGAUACGGUAACAAAGGGUUCAUCAAUUUCGCAGAGAGAGUGCUCAUAGAAGGGGAAAGGCUUAUGAAAGAAUCAUUUCCCGACCUUUCCAACAAAGACAUAUCCAUACUCCAGGAAUAUUUGCAAGAGUCCUUUGGAAAUAAGUCUAGAAUUGAUUACGGCACAGGCCAUGAGCUAAACUUCUUUUGCUUUGUGAUUAUUCUGAUAAUAAAGAAGGUAGUCAAAGAAAAGUCCGUCUUACUAGUUCUUGAGCAGUAUUUCAGCAUAAUUCGGCUAUUAAUCUUGAAGUAUAAGCUUGAGCCAGCAGGAAGCCAUGGGAUGGGCGGGUUGGAUGACUACCAGCUGCUUCCUUUUCUGUUUGGGUCCUCACAGUUCUGCAAAAGAGAGGGAUUUCUUUUUGCAUCGCUGUUUAGCGAGGAGAAAAAAGGUCUUUCCUACGCAAAAGCACUGAGAUUCAUCCAUAUUGACAAAACAUUCCCCCCAAGCAAGUACUCCUAUAAAGAGAGGAUUGAGAAAUAUCAUACAAUUGAACUAAAGGAAGAACCCUUCUCACAUCACUCCAUAACUAUAUACUCGCUGCGUUCUGUGCCCCUUAUAAAAAUAAACAAAGGCAUGAUGAAAAUGUACGAUGGAGUGGUUCUUUCCCCCUAUGCAGUUAUUCAGCACUUUAUUCCUAGUGAGUAUCUUCCUAUUUAA